AUGCCCGCCACAGCCUCCGGGUCUUCACUUGUGACUCGCAAUCGAGCCGACCAUGCGUCAACCCGCGCCGCCCCAGGGCGUCCGUUUCGCGUGGGCAGCGACGGACUGCCGCUGCUGCCGUGCCACGAUGCGCCUGUGAGCGGUAUGCCUGCCUCAUCGCCCCCCCCAACGGCCGUCGCGCUGUUCGGCCACGUCGACACGAAACAAAACGUGCGCGCGCAGCUCAUAUCACGCUACAGCCACUCGAAGCAGCUCGACCAGAUCAGCGAGAUGACACUACGCAUCGACACAGAAUUGGAGCUACUACGCCGAAGCUGCUUCGCUCAACGCAACGAACAGUGGGGGUACAGCACGCCGGACCAAUUUGAGUACCAACCGACUCCUACGGACGCAUGGACGCCCCAACCAGCGAACGAGAAGAUGCUACUGCGUAAGAUGAAAAUGGACGGGACGCUGGACGGUAGUGGGAGGGAAUUCUUUCCUCCAGGUAAAACCCACGACAAGGAGAUGAUGGAAUUCGUGCGGGAUCGGCCCUGGCCGCCUCAAGAGUUCGCGUUGAAACCCGUGGCGAAACCUUCUAGGGGCCGAGGAGGCAAGCGCAAAGCUGCGCCGAUGGCGGCGGUGCUGGACCCUGUGCCACUGCUAGCAAAGACUUGUAGGGAGUGCAAGACGCAGUCGACCCCGCUGUGGCGCACACAGACGAGAACUGUGAAGGUGAAAAAAGUGGUGCUGAAGAAUACUGCAGGGAAUGACGUUGCAACGAACUUGGCGAAUGCGUUUGUGGCGCAGAGUAUGGCCAAGAUGGAACCGCAGAAGACUGAAGUGAAAAUGGUGGACGAGAAGAUCGAGGUGGAUCUGUGUUUGCAGUGCUAUUUGAAGCUGGAGCGAGCGGAUCUGUUCGAUAAGAAGCGUGUUGAGAAGAAGAAACAGGAACGACGGAAGAAAGACCAAGCCGCUUCGGCAGCGCUGCAGGAGAAGAAGCGGUUGAAGCACCAGAUCCAUCUCUUGAAGAAGCACAAGAAGCAGGAGAUGCUGGCGGCGGAGCAAGCUGCUGGCGAGCAAGUGACGGAACAAGUACAGGACGAGGCUGCAGCUCCAGCGGCGGUGAUUCUCAAGUUUACAAGAGAGGAGAUUGAAGCUGCCACGGCUUCGUCUAAGGAGCGGAAGAGGGACCGUAAGCAUAGUCGCAAGGACAAGAAGAAAAAGAAGAAGAAACAUCGUCGUCAACGAGGAUAUCACGAGGGUUCAGAAAGCGACUGUCCGACCCCGAUCCCAUCGCCAGCGCAGAUGAAUGGAUACGUGUACGCAGAUCGAGCCCUAGAUUCGUUCACCACGUCUCAACGUUCAGCGUUCGACAUCGAACAGGCACCUGUGGAAGCGACGGCGGUUAACACUGAACCGGAGGCAUUAGAUAGCGGCUACCACGAGGAUGAAAACGAGGUAGCAACCCCAGCGAGAUCUUCAUCUCGGAAGCGAAAGAGCGUGCAAUAUACCGAGCCAGCCGUCGUGGUGGAAUCGCCCGCAUCUGCUUCAAAGAAGCGCAAGACGUCUUCAUCUCGGAGCUCGCGGUCAAAACGGGCGGCUACAAGUGUGGCGCCUGCUGCUGCCGUGGUUGCGGCCCCUCCGACCCCAUCUGUAAAAAAGCGUUCUCGUACGAAGAAGGAGCUGGCGCGUGAACGUGAACUGCGCGCGCAGGGCCAAUAUUGCCCUGUGUGCAACGAAGUAUACGAGGACGACGAUCAAAACACGUUUGUGUGCUGCGACUCGUGCGAGCUCUGGGUGCACGGUGCCUGCGAUCCCAGUCUUACCCCGUACGUCGUGCUGUUGGAUAUGAUGGAGUCGAUUAUCGCGGCCAUGGCCAACACCGAAGACAAGUAUAUUUGUCCGCUGUGUGCUGGACGGUAA